UUUAUGUGGAAUUUGUCAAAAAAAAGGACAUAACAGAAACACAUGCCCAAGACAAUUUGGUAUUAAUACAGCAUUUUACGAUGAUGGUCAUAAUAGAAAAAAAUGUCCUUGGGCAAAUAAUCAAGGUAGAAACUUACGAAAUGUAGCUGAAAUCAGAGCUGCAGCAAAAAAAUAUUUUGAAGCACCGUAUUAUCCCAUACGAAUGUGUGGUUGGUGUGGCACCAUUGGUCAUAAUAGAAAAAGUUGUCCUAUUCAUAAAGCUAGAAGAGCUGAGAUAGAUAACGAUCAUAAAAGAGCAUUAAUAAAAGUAAUUGUAUUACCAAAUGUUUGGUUUGACAUCGAAUACAGACCUUAUUACCAACCAUAUCAUAGACCCAGACAAAUCCUAUAUAGGCUAUACAGGCCAAGAAGACAACGUAUACCAAACUACAUAGCUGCUUGCGGAUAUUGUAGUGGUGAAAAUCAUGCUAGAAAUGAUCCGAACGCCCCCUGUUGA